AGUCACGUGACUUCAUCCUCGGGUCAAAGUUCGUGUUGUCAUGACCGCAGACUCACGGCUAGCUAAUGCUAAUGGCUGAAUUAAACAUUGGGAAACAUUGUCAGAUUGAUUCCUGCAAUCUGAAAGAUUUUCUUCCAUUUGUUUGUGAUUCUUGCAGUGGUGUUUUCUGUCUUGAGCACAGAACCAGAGAGGCCCACUCGUGUCCAGAGGAGCUGGAAAAAAGGGAAUCCCGGCCCGUGGGCGACAGUACUAGUUAUCCAUGCUCAUUUGAAGACUGCAAAGGAAAAGAAUUGUUACCAGUGAUAUGUCCGCAGUGUGAAAAACACUUCUGUUUAGCCCAUCGUCAUCAAGAUGAUCACAAGUGUGAGAAGCUGGAGGUCCAAAAGCCUCGAAUGGCUGCCACCAAAGAGCUGGUGCAGAAGAUUGUAGAGUCCAAGGAUGGAUCCAAAAGUAAAGGGCGCAGAGGAGCAAAGAACAGUGCGACUGCAGCUAAGGUAGCACUCAUGAAACUCAAGUUGCAUGCUGCAGGAGACAAAGGACUCCCACAGACGGAGAGGACAUAUUUUCAGGUGUAUCUUCCUAAAGACUCUAAAGACUCCAGCCAGCCCAUGUUCUUCUGCUCCAAGUGGACUGUGGGGAAAGUGGUGGAUUAUGCUGCCUCUCUCGCCAGCAUCAAGAACAACAAUAAUGUUCUGACAGCUAAGAAGCUGCGACUCUGUCAUCCUCAGACAGGUGGGGCUUUCCAGAUGGAUGACACCCUACUCUCUCUGUUGUCUCACCCUGAGACUCCCCUGUAUAACGGGGGUAAUGUGAUCCUAGAGUACCUGGACAAUGAGUGCACAGGCCUGGAGGAUGUUUCUCACUAUAUUGCACAGUCUUGACCAAUCAAUUCCAGGUUCUGCAUAUGCAUUUCGUAUUUGUAUGUCAAUAAAAUUAUGUCUUUUUAAGUA